AGCCUAACAAAGCUGGCAGCAAAGAAAGGGUUGAUUCCUUGCAUACCCCACAUCUUUUGCCUUUCAAAUAUUCCUUAUUAUUCGUGUACAAAUAAAAUGCACCUAUUGAUUCUCCCUUCUCCAUUCUCCAUUCUCCAUCUUCAUCUUAGCACAUUCCAUACUUUCCCUCCAGGCUUUCUUUCCAUUUACUUCUUCCCCCACCAUCUCCCUCCGCCUCAUGGGGUCGGACAUCCAGAAACCUCGAAUCACCGAGCUCCAAGUCCGAAUGGACUGCAAUGGCUGCGUUCAGAAGAUCAAAAAGGCGCUUCAUGGGAUUCAUGGUAUUUAUGAAGUCUAUCCAGAUAUUGCUAGACAGAAGUUGACAGUUAUAGGAUGGGCGGAUCCAGAGAAGAUCGUUAAGGCAAUUCGGAAAACUAGGAAGACUGUAACGAUUUGUUCGCAUUCGGAACCACCCGAAGAGAUGGCACAGCCACCGGAACAACAACCAGAGACAGCGAAUCCAACUCCAUCAGAAACUCCACCACCAGCUGAAGCUGCUGCUGCUCCACAACCUGAAGCAGCUGCAGAGCCACCGAAAGACCAACCAGCUCCGGAGACUCCACAGCCUGAACCUACACCCGCACCCGCACCCGCGGAUGCGAGUGUCGUCCAGCAACCACUGCAACCUUCGGGGCCAAAAGAUGUAGGAGAAGUUCAUGUAAUAUGUCACCAUCCACCUGAUUAUGGACAUAGAUCCGGAUACGUUCACAGUUACGGAGGAGGACCCUGUGGUACACAAUACCCUACUUGCCAUAGCCAAUGCAGUUUCUAUCCUAAUGGCCACCCUUUCCACCGUGAACCACCUCAACAACCGCAACCGUCCUUCGUAACUCACAGCUACAACACGUACAAGCCGUCACCAUACGUAACGGAAUAUGAAUACUUCCGUUCGCCACCACGAUACUCGCAUUACAGUAGGAUCGAUCAUUACAGAGACGAGUAUUACAGUUACAGCUAUAGCAGCAGUAACAGCAAUGGCAACGGAAAUAUUUCGUCGAUGUUUAGCGACGAAAAUCCGAAUGCAUGUAGCAUAAUGUAGAAAGUAAAUAAAGAACACGGAGACGGCAUGUGCAGAAAAAAGAGAAAAAAUAGAAAAUGAUGAAGGAGAGGUAUAGAUUCCAUUCCAUGCUUGUAAGUGCUGGAAGAAUUGAUUCUGCAAUCCACUUCUGAGAGAGGUAUUAUUUGAUAUUAAAGGAUCAUUUACGUGUGAAAAUGAAUGUGCUCAAGAUAUUAUCGUUA